GAUUAGCUUUGUUAUGGCACAAUCAUCAUCUAGUGGAACUUUAUCUCGAAGGCACUUAAAAGAGCAUGAUGCCAGUAUACCAGGCUCACCUCGCUAUGUUGAUAGUGAAUGGGAGAGUAAAGAGGUAAUAAUGCAUAGAGAACUUGAGGAAGCAAAAGCAAGGGCAGGACAAAUGGAGAAGACAAUGCGAUGGUGGUCUGAUUGUACAGCCAACUGGCGAGAAAAGUGGUGUGAAGUUCGCGAUGAGCGAAAUAAAGCUAAGAAGGACAUGAAACUUUUGAAAGCUAAAUUGGAAAUAACAAUAAAAGAUCUAAAUGCACACAAAAGUGAAAUUCAAAAGCUUAACACGGAAAAUGUUCAUUUUCGAAAGGAGGUGGAGAGGAUAUUUAAUUUACUUCCCAAUGAUGUAAAAACUAAAGAUCUAGUAUCUGUACUGUCUGAUAAAAAUUGUACUAAACAUUGUACCAUGCACAAAAACAGUAUAGAUCAAGACAAGCUUCAUUAUCAAAAGGAAGGGCUCUCGCCUAACCCAGAGGUAGUGGUUCUUGAUGACUUACAAAAUAAGCGACAUUCGCGAAGAGGUAUGGUGAACGAAGAAAUCCUUUUGCAAAAAAUAUCAAUGCUUAAUCUGAAACUUGAAGAAGCUACAAAAACUAUAGUAGUUGAAAGAGAAGAGAAAAAUUCAUUGCAUCUAGGUUUAGAAAAAUUGAGAAUUGAAAUAAUUCAACUAAAAGAUAGAUGUGAAGAACUACAAGACAAUCGAUCGGAUGCAUUGAAAGAAUUACUAGAAAUAAAGUGUCGUUUUCAAGGUGAACUAAAUGCUGCCCAGUUUAAUCUAAUUGAUGAAGCUACUAAUCGGGAAGGUAUGGAUCGUCGAUUGGCAGAACUUCGAACAGAAUUGGAGAGACUUCAAUCAGAGAAUGCAACUGAGUGGGGUAAGCGCGAGCGGCUGGAGACAGAGAAGAUUUCACUUGAGCGUGAGAAUAAGCAGUUGCGAGGCGAGCUACGAGAACUCCAAGAAAAGGUGGAAAAUCGUCGAACACGCCCCAUAUCUAGUUGCGACAUCGACUCUAAACAGAUGCAGCUCGAGCUUCUGGAGCGGAAUAAAGAGGUUACUGAUCUUAAGCACUCUCAAGACAAACUUAAGAAAAUUCUCACAGAGAAAACAACUGAAUUAUCACAUGCAGUGAGGCGUUCUGAACAAUAUGAAUCCGAGGUAAAAAGAAUAAGAACUAGAGUUGAAGAGCUCAAGAAAGAGCUUACUAUUGCACAAGAUGACCUUGAUACAACUCACAGUACAACGAGAAAACUGCAGAGCACCAACGAAGACCUCAAUGAACAAUUGGAAUCUAGUCGAGCUCAGUUUGAACAUUACAAAAACAGCGUUUCUGAAAAUCAAGCACCAGAUGUGGUAGCAGAAAUUAUAGACAACACAAUUCAUGAUGGUAAUGAAGAUAAGAAGAUCAACAAAUAAAGAAUAAAUUAAAAUUUCAAGUAUAUUUAUAUUUUAAUGAUGUAAAAAAUAAUAGA